AUGGCAUCGAUACUGGAUGAGUAUGAAGAUUCUCAACAUACACAGCAGAAUGUGCAGUCUCACGGCCGCCUGGGAAGCACUAACAUUGGGAUAACUCACUCAGGUUUUGUAAACGUGAGGCUGGAGGAGGAGAAGCCCAUAUUUAACAAGCAGAGAAUUGACUUUGCUCCUCCAGAGAAGAUCAACCAUCUGUCUGUGUGCAACAACCAGCUGUGCAUGAGCCUAGGGAAGGACACGCUGCUGAGAAUCGACUUGGCCAAACCGGAUCAGCCCAAUCAGAUUGAGCUUGGGAGGAAAGACGACAGCCGAGUGCACAGACUGUUCCUCGACCCCACAGGCUCACACUUGCUGAUCAGCCUGAGCUCCAGUGAAUGCCUCUACGUGAACAGGAACUCUCAGAAGGUGCGGCCGCUGCCCCGCUGGAGGGGUCACCUGAUAGAGAGCGUGGGAUGGAACAAAGUGCUGGGCAGCGACAGCAGCACAGGACCUGUUCUCAUCGGGACCAGCCAAGGACUCAUCUUUGAGGCAGAGAUCACAGCCAGCGAGGGCAGUCUGUUCAACAACAAUCCUGACCAAUACUUCAGACAGGUUCACUCUCUGGAGGAGGACGGCCGCCCAGCGCCUGUCUGCUGCAUCGAGGUGGAGCGUGGAUGGGAAAACAAGUUCUUCAUCAUCGCCACCACAAGGAAGCGGCUGUUCCAGUUUGUGGGGCGUGUGGCCGAGGGCUCUGAGACCCAGGGCUUCAGCUCCAUCUUUUCCCAGAACCAGGAUCUCCUGCCCAGCUUCCAGGAGUUCCCCGUCAACAUGGGCUACAGCGAGAUCACCUUCUACACGUCCAAGUUGCGCUCCUCGCCCAAAGCCUUUGCCUGGAUGAUGGGGAACGGGGUGCUGUACGGCCAGCUGGACAGCGUGAGGCCUGAGUCUCUGCUCAGCGAUGUACAGGUGUGGGAGUACACACCCGACAUUGACCUGUCCUUCAACAAACCCAUCUCCAUAGUGCUAACCCAGUUCCACUUCCUGUUGCUGCUUCAUGAUCGCAUCAAGGCCGUGUGCACUCUCAAUGGACAGGUUGUGUACGAAGACGUCUUCCCGGAGAAAUUUGGCGCACUCAAACGCAUGAUCAAGGACCCAGUGGGCGGCCUGGUCUGGAUCUACACCGAACGAGCCGUGUUCCGCUACCACAUCCAGAAAGAAUCUCGCGACGUCUGGCAGAUGUACAUGGGCAUGAAUAAGUUUGACCUGGCGAAGGAAUUCUGCCGCGAUCGACCUGAAUGUAUGGACAUGGUGCUGGCGAAAGAAGCCGAGCACUGGUUUCAGAACAAGCGGUACCUAGAAAGUGCAAAAUGCUAUGCGUUGACGCAAAACUAUUUUGAAGAGAUCGCGCUGAAGUUCAUUGAAGCUAAGCAGGAAGACGCCUUGAAGGAGUUUUUACUGAAAAAGCUGAAUAAUCUCAAGCAAAACGAACGGACGCAGAUUACAUUGCUGGUUACAUGGCUUACCGAACUUUACUUGAACCGAAUCGGGCAACUUGAAAGCGACGCCAACACAGUCGUGUUCAAAGAAACACGUGAUGAGUUUAGGAAAUUUCUAAACAGUUCGAAGCAUAAGGAGUGCCUUUUCAACAACCGUAGCACGAUUUACGAUCUCCUCGCCAGUCAUGGAAACGUAGACGACAUGGUUUAUUUUUCAGUCGUGAUGCAAGACUACGAACGGGUUAUAUCGCACUAUUGUCAACAUGACAACUUUGCUGCCGCUUUAGAGGUCCUUUCAAAGCACUGCGACGAUAAACUGUUCUACAAAUUCUCACCGGUCCUAAUGCAGCACAUCCCCAAGAAAGUGGUCGAAGCCUGGAUUCAAAUGGGGAAAAGAUUGGACCCUAAAAAGCUCAUCCCAGCGCUCAUGAACUACAGCCAAAUGGGCAGUUCGCAGCAGAUUGAUGAGACCAUACGCUACAUGGAGUUUUGUGUGUAUGAGUUGGCGGUGACCGAAGAGGCCAUUCAUAACUACCUCUUGUCCCUUUAUGCAAAGUACCGUCCAGAUUCAUUGCUGUUGUAUUUGGAGCAGGCAGGCACACACGCGUCAGAGAUCCACUACGAUCUAAAGUACGCACUGAGGUUAUGCGCGGAGCACGGGUACCUCAAAGCCUGCGUGCUCGUCUACAAGAUCAUGGAGCUGUAUGAAGAGGCGGUGGACCUGGCCUUACAGGUGGAUGUGGACCUGGCCAAGUCUUGUGCCGAUCUGCCAGAUGAUGACGAGGAGCUGAGAAAGAAGCUGUGGCUGAAGAUCGCCAAACAUGUGGUCCAGGAGGAGAAGGACGUGAAGAAGGCCAUGAAUUGUCUUUCCAGCUGCGACCUGCUCAAGAUAGAAGACAUCCUGCCCUUCUUCCCUGACUUUGUCACCAUUGAUCACUUCAAGGAGGCCAUCUGCGGCUCUUUGGAGGAGUACAACCAGCACAUCGAGGAGCUGAAGCAGGAGAUGGAGGAGGCCACAGAGAGCGCUAAGCGGAUCCGUGAGGACAUCCAGGAGAUGAGGAACAAGUAUGGCCUGGUGGACUCUCAGGAGAAGUGUGCGUCAUGUGACUUCCCCCUGCUCAACCGGCCCUUCUACCUGUUCCUCUGUGGUCACAUGUUCCAUUAUGACUGCCUCUUCCAGGAAGUAACCCCUCAUCUUUCCUCGUUCAAACUGAGCCGCCUGGAUGAUCUGCAGAAGAAGCUCACAGCCGCCACACAAUCCUCCAAAUCCCGGCACCGCCCGGCCCCCAAAGAAGACAGCGACUCGGCCAGUUUGGGCAAAGGCUCUGCAGGGACCAGCCGAGAGCAGAUCAAGUGUGACAUUGACGACAUUGUGGCCUCCGAGUGCGUCUACUGCGGAGAACUCAUGAUCAAGUCCAUCGACAAGCCUUUCAUCAACCCGGACAAGUUUGAAGAGGAGAAGUCCAGCUGGUUAUAG